UUGUUAGCCUAAUCAAAAAACUCUAGUCUUGACACAAACUAAGAUUCCCUUUGUUGACGAUGAUGGAAGAAUCGAACCAUCGCGGAAAUCGCCCACUCUAAAUCGCCAUGAAGCUCAAGCUUUGUGCUUUUGCUUUUUCUCUUUCUUUUCGCAUCACCCAAACAGUCUUCUUUGUAUUUAGUAGUUUAUUAUUCAGUUUCCGUGAAGCCGAAUUUGUUUCUCCUGCUUUUAAAAUCGACGAACUCAAAGGUAUUUAACGGAACCGUUGUUGCAGAAAUUUAGUGCUUCAACGAUGAAAAAACAAUCGUCAAAGAACUCUGAGGCCUCCACUCAGGUGGACUCGCCUCACUCUCCGCUUCGGUUUCAAUCGCCUUUGCGAUCCGAACAGGGCGACCCGCUUGAGUCACCUGAGUUCCGAUCGCCGGAGAACUCGCCGGACAACUCUAAAGCUAUUGUAGCCGUCAGCAAAGUCACUCAAUGCUCUCCCGCCAGAUCCGCCUUGCCUCCUUCGGACCACCAAAAGGCGCCGGAGAACGCACCUCCGGCGAGGUCCUCUGCUCCCAUGAUGAUGGUUAAUCGGGCCAUGAGGGAGGAGCCUCCCCCGUCAGUGACGAAGGUGGGCCCCGCUAGCGGAGUGGGGCGUGCUGGAGAAGGUGGUCAUGUUAGAUCGAGGUCGGCGGCGUCGACUCCGGCGUGGUCGAAAAGAGACGAGAUGUUGAGGAAGGCGGCGUUAGGGUUUAGGUUGAGUGAGGUGUUGCUUUGCCUGAUUUCGUUUUCGGUUAUGGCUGCUGAUAAAACCCAAGGUUGGAGUGGCGACUCCUUUGAUCGCUACAAGGAAUACAGGUAUUGUUUAUCUGUGAAUGUUAUUGCCUUUGUAUACUCAGGAUUUCAAGCAUGUGAUCUGGCCUAUCAACUAGUCACCGGAAAAAACAUGAUCAAUCACCAUCUCCGCUGUCACUUUGAUUUCUUCAUGGACCAGGUUCUGGCAUAUCUUUUAAUAUCAGCAUCAUCAUCUGCAGCCACCCGAGUUGAUGAUUGGCAAUCAAAUUGGGGAAAAGACAAGUUCACAGAGAUGGCCAGUGCUUCCGUUGGAAUGUCGUUCCUGGCUUUCAUUGCUUUUGCCAUUAGCUCACUCAUCUCCGGCUACAUGCUCUGUGCCCGUAGCUCCAUUUGAGCCUCCUUCUUGUUGUCUAUACGUAUCCUCGAGUCUCUGCUUUUUUCUUCUCGUUCCCCAAUUAAUGUUUAAAGGGAAUGGAUCGUUCGAGGAAAAUGUUCGAGCCCUUUUUUUUUGUUUUUUCCUUACUGUACAGGCACACGCAUAAAGUUGCUAAGGUAUUGUCUUCUUACAAUUGGAAGGUGAAGGAGAAAUUCCUGCUUGUUUCGCGUCAUUUGUGUCUUUUAGGAUAAAGUAAUCAUUACUUCAUCAGAAUCUUGAUACGAAUACAGGUUAUAUUCCAAUCCCCAUUACCAUAAGGAUACCAGAAAGGAGAUCAUCUUCUCUUUCCAUUUGCAUUUUGCAGUGCCACUCUGCAUCUACGCGAAAGAAAAAGCUUGUAGAAAAUGCGCUUUGUUGAAUUGCUAAAGAUACUGGCAGAUAU